AUGUGGAGCUUCUCCCUUUGUCUCGUAACCAUGUCCACCAACGAGAAUGCUAAUUCGCCAGCUGCCCGCCUUAACAGAUUCAAGAACAAGGGGAAAGACAGUACAGAAACGAGGCGGCGCCGAAUAGAAGUUAAGGUGGAGCUGAGGAAAGCUGAGAAGGAUGACCAGAUGCUGAAAAGGAGAAAUGUGAGCUCCUUUCCCGAUGAUGCUACGUCUCCGCUGCAGGAAAACCGCAACAACCAGGGCACUGUAAAUUGGUCUGUUGAGGACAUUGUCAAAGCCAUAAAUAGCAACAAUUUGGAAAGCCAGCUCCAAGCUACUCAGGCUGCAAGGAAACUGCUUUCUAGGGGAAAACAGCCACCCAGAGACAACAUAAUCCGGGCUGGUUUGAUCCCAAAAUUUGUGUCCUUCUCGGGCAGAACUGAUUGUAGUCCCAUCCAGUUUGAAUCUGUUUGGGCCCUCGCUAACAUUGCUUCCGGAACUUCGGAACAGACCAAGGCUGUAGUAGAUGGAGGUGCUAUUCCAGCAUUCAUUUCUCUGUUGGCAUCUCCCCACGCUCACAUCAGUGAACAAGCCGUAUGGGCUCUAGGAAAUAUUGCAGGUUCAGCUUUCCGAGACUUGGUUAUCAAGUAUGGUGCAGUUGACCCACUGUUGACUCUUCUUGCAGUUCCUGAUAUGUCGUCUUUAGCAUGUGGUUACUUACGUAAUCUGACCUGGACACUUUCAAACCUUUGUCGCAACAAGAAUCCUGUACCCCCAUAA